AUGUCCAUCACAGUAGGUCAAGUCGCCGGCUUGAUCGCCCUGGCGUCGACCAUCUUGCACAUUCUUCUUCCGCUGGCCAUUGUCAUUCUGGUCGUGAGUUUUCUGCGCAACGAGCAUAAUGCUGCGACGUGGUCCGUCAUCGACAAGCAACUCCAGUCCUCCCCCUGGCCUACCCUCCUGCAGACCGACUCGGUCAACUCGCGCCACGUUGCCCGCCACGUCCGCUUCCUGGCCGGCCUGUCGACCGCCGCCGUCGCGCUUCUCUCCAUCGCCGGCUUCGUCACUCCUCUCGGCCUGCGCGAUGCCAUCGAGCCGGGCGAUGUGACCCAGGCGCCUUUCCAGUAUCUCCCGGAUGCCUCAACGUUUGGAUACGGCACACCGCCGCGCUACAACCGGUUUUCGCGCAUGUGUGGCGCGCUCCUGCCCAUGAACUGUCCGGGUGCUUUUGCGGGCUUUCUCACGUUUAUGAACGAAACAGGCGAAUACAAUAUCCCCGUCACCCCGCAUGCGAUCAUCAACACGACCAUCCCUGCCAAUAUCACCGAGGUCUUCUCCAGCGCGACAUCCGGCCGCGGCACCACCCUGUCCGGACCGUUUGACAUCCAGUUCCGCACCUGGAGCGUCACCGUAGACAACUCGCACGGCGAGAUCGAUGGCGGCAGACCGUACGCCUCCGGAGAAUACCGCAGUCUGGGCAGCCUCAUGCUGCGUAACGAUAUCGUGCCCAUCGAGGGCGUCAUCGCCGACAUGACCGCCGGCGGCGUCGGAUUUCGCAACCACAGCGUGCCUGUCGGCCUCCCCUACGGCGGCACCUGGCAGGAGGACCUGACCUGGAUCGAGCCGGUGACGGAGUGCGUCGACACGAACCUGACGUUCCACUUCUCCAUGGGCGACAGCCCGGACAACCUGACGAACAUCUUCCUGGUGGACAACGGGGGCUUUGCGAACCUCGAGCCGGAGUACCCCUACCCUGGCCUGUGGAACGACACGCAGAACCCGGACCUGCGAGCCCGCGCCUACAUGGGCGCAUGGCUCAGCAACGUCUUGACGGCCAUCUUCCUCAAUGUGACCUACCCCGGAAGGGGGAAGGAUGGACUCGUUUCUCGGCAAGCAGUUCAACCUCGGGGCGGACCUGAUCGGCUACCAUCCCGAUAUGCGCGCAUGAGCAUCACCUGGCAAAACUUCACCGACGACGCGGGCAUCGUCUGCCGGGGCUGGGGCGUCGGGGACUAUGCCAACAUCACCAACGUCGGCAUCCGCUGCGGCUAUCUCUACAGCGCGCCCCGGCGUGUCGACGGCGUGGAGUCGCUCAUCUUCGAGCCUCAGACCAACUACACGCAGAACCUGUACGUCUGCGCCACCGGCCUGCGCGCGUCGGUCAAGACCGUCGGCUUCUCCGUCAACGGGACGUCCUCGCUGGACCAGCUGAAAGUGAUCAGCGUCGCGGACAAGACGUACGCAGACAACGCCUCGAUGCCGCUGUGGGCGGUGGAAAAGUCCAACCUGACCAUCGGGGUCUUCUCGCCUCUGUGGGGGAUGGUGGACGACCGCUACGAGAACGCGGACGGCGUCUGGACGCUGCGAGCGAAGCAGUUCUGGCUGCCUGCCGGCAAGGAUCUCUCUGUCUACAUCUCUGCCGACAGUCUGGCCGCGCCAAAGGUCUUCCAAGCCGCCCUCUAUUCCACCUAUACCGAGUCGAUGGGCGAGAGUAGCAAAACAACCGGCAUUGCCGACUACUCCGGCAAGACGAACCUGGCGCUGUACAAGCUGUGGACGCAGCUGUCGCAGACGCCAGCGGCCGCGUCCAAGAUCAUCAAUCUGAUCUUCACCGAGAUAGCGGCGACGGCGACGGUAGGGACGAAGCAGGUCGCGACGGACGGCAGCAGCAGCAGCGUGCCGCCUGUCACGCAGUACACGAAGAAGAUCAAAUACAACAUGCUGUACGGCAUCCCGGCCGUCAUCAUCCUGGCCGUCGUCGCCAUCGUGGUCUCCGCCGCACUGCUCAUGUGGCUUCUCUCGCGGUUCUCGCUGGCGAUGAUGCGGCAGCUGCUGAACCAGACGGCGACGGGGCGUGUCGCCACAAACCUGCUGUAUCCCUUGCUGUGUGACCCGGCUGCAGAGACCAAGCAAUGGGUCGCAGAAGCCGGGCAGGCGAAGCUGUCGUUCGCACUGGUCGAGCAGAGCACAGCCCACCCGCUGAUGCCGGUCCGUCGAGCGCCUACACUGACGUUUCCCCGGGUUGGCACGACCAAGGCGCCGUUGUACACGUUGAUCAGGGAGAGUUCGAAUGAGAAGGAUACCCAGUAG